AAUCAUCUCAGUGUGGGCGGAGCUGUAAGCGAGCAGGCGGCGUGUCGGCUCUCUUUGCGACCGCAUUGCAACAAAGUUUACAGCGAUACAAAAUCCAGCGCGAGCUCUUCGCCGCAAUUUAAUCGCUUUAGGUGCGCGUGAACUUCCACGAUCCGGUGGUGUUUUCAGGUAGUUUCCGUUGAAUUCGGUUUGACUUUGAGGUUCUGGAUGUCGGAAUAGAUCGAAGUGCAGAUGAGAAAAAAGCCAGUGGAUCUCUCUGUCCUACUUUGCGGCGCUGGAAUUUGAAUCUUGAACGUGAAUUAGGAAAAGUUUUACAAUAGUCAGAGAUUUUCAUAAUCAUUGUUAUCAUGCCUUGUCAGCUUUAAUUCUGUUGCUAGUUAUAAGAUAUAGGACAUUUUACCCCAUUUCUUCUGAUUGUCCAGUUUCUCUGGUAAGUCAGUAGAUUUUUUUUUUUUGCCUUGGCUUUGCUUUUGUAUAAACGUGAUCAAAUCCUCUUGAGGGUUCUUCUGGGUUUCCCCCCCUCCCCUUAAACCUUCCUUGGCUUGGCUUGUUCGUCUGUUUCUCCUGAAAUCAUUUGUAUCACUGCUGAUUUGGUUUGCUUAUUGCGGGUGAAGAGCCGAAUAUACUUUUAAAACAAACAAACAAACAAACUUGUGUGUAAACAUGCCAAAGAGUCGAGCAGGCGUCCACAAGUUCCUUCUGUCUCGCCCCCAAACCCCGAAGCUGUCCUAUGGUUAUAACUCCAACAUGAAUGUGGGCAGAAGUGGAUACAGGGUCUUCUGUGCCAACAACAUCCCAGCAUGCACUGAGCUGGCCAACAAGAUCACCGAGCGUCUCGGUGUGGACCUGGGGAAGUCGGUGGUGUCUGAGGGAGCUGACCGCGAGACCAGAGUGGAGGUGAAGGAGUCAGUGAGAGGACAGGACAUCUUCAUCAUCCAGACCAUACGCAGGGAUGUGAACACGGCGAUCAUGGAGCUGCUGGUGAUGGCCUACGCUCUGAAGACGUCCUGCGCCAAGAACAUCAUCGGCGUCCUCCCGUAUUUCCCCUACAGCAAGCAGUGCAAGAUGAGGAAGAGAGGAUCCAUCGUCUGCAAGCUGCUAGCAUCCAUGCUGGCUAAAGCGGGUCUGACUCACAUCAUCACCAUGGAUCUGCACCAGAAAGAGAUCCAGGGUUUCUUCAACAUUCCUGUGGAUAACCUGCGAGCUUCACCUUUUCUACUGCAGUACAUCCAGGAGGAGAUUCCCGACUUCAGGAAUGCUGUUAUUGUUGCAAAAUCUCCAUCAGCUGCCAAAAGAGCUCAGUCGUAUGCGGAGCGUCUGAGACUGGGUCUGGCUGUAAUCCACGGUGAAGCUCAGUCCGAGUUGGAUCUGGCGGACGGUCGAAACUCUCCUCCGGCGUUCCGACCCUCGUGUGGACCUCCGGGCCUCGAGCUGCCAUGGAGAUACCAAGCACCGUUCCCCGGCAUCGAGCUUCCAAUGAUGCUGCCUAAAGAGAAGCCGCCCAUCACGGUGGUGGGAGACGUCGGAGGUCGGAUCGCCAUCAUUAUCGAUGACAUUAUCGAUGACGUGGAGGAUUUCGUGGCUGCGGCGGAGAUCCUAAAGGAGAGAGGAGCGUAUAAGAUCUACGUCAUGGCCACUCAUGGCUUGCUCUCGGCCGACGCCCCACGCCUCAUCGAGGAGUCGCUUAUAGACGAGGUGGUGGUGACCAACACGGUCCCGCACGAGGUCCAGAAGCUUCAGUGUCCCAAGAUCAAGACGGUGGACGUCAGUAUGAUCCUGGCCGAAGCCAUCCGCCGCAUCCAUAACGGGGAAUCCAUGGCCUACCUGUUCCGCAACAUCACCGUGGAUGACUAGCGGCACGGAGACCUGCGCGACCCGUCCUCACGCUGAUCCAGGACCAGUCUGGUGCUUUUUUCCUGUGGUGCCUGGUGGCUUGGUUUUAUCCUAAGAAUAAAUAAAUGAAUAAAAAAAUAAAAGCACAGCAAUAUGGAGAUCUGCCUCAGGGUGGAAGCUUAGACUCCUACAGUGCUGGCCUAAUUAUUAUAACAGCCUCAUCAUGGAGGAAGAGAGGAGAAGAAGAGAAGGAGAAACAUCACGUCAUUCCGUGUCUGUUGGAGAGAGCAGUGCUCUAACGGUCUUCUACUUACCUCCUGGGUGUGUGUGUGUGUGUGUGUGUGUGUGUGUGUGUGUGAAAAAUACACACUACAUUUCAUAAUACACCUCUUGUUUUGUUUUUAAUGUCUGUCUGGUGGUAUGUUUAAAAAUGGUGGACCAAUAAAUCAAGAAAAA